CACAACGGCAGUCAUGGAGAGUCCACAAAGACAGAUGAACAACAAAGAUGGAUUCUUGGAAAUAUUUGGACAAGGUGCUUGCAUUUUUCCAAACUACAGAAGGGUUUUUGUGUUUCUCGGACUGCUGAAUGCGGCGUUAUUCAUAAUUGCUGUUGUUCUUGGCGUCAAAUGUGCCAAAGUCAAAGAGGGCUCCUUCCAUGUUACCCACUCAGCUGCAUCUCAGCUCAUCAGUGAGAUUGACUUUCUCCGUAGCAACCACAGCGAUGUGAUCGAAGCUGAAGAAGAGGCCAAGAGGGCCUUAGAGAGAGCAAUCAAAACCCACGCUCAACUAAAGGGGCAAACCGAGCACCAGAAAGUCAUCAAUGAUGAAUACCAGAAGAAGAUUGAAGCAUUACGAGAAGAGAAGACAAACCUGCAGUCCAACAUAUCAGCAUUGGAGGGAACUUGCGGCAGAUGUCUCCCUGGAUGGAUUCUUCUCAACUUAUCGUGCUAUUUCUUUUCUAACACGGAGUCUCCUACUGUCAAGAACUGGCCAGACAGCAGAAAAGACUGCAACAGACGUGGGUCAGACCUGAUUGUGAUUGACAACCAGGAGGAGCAGAAAUUUGUGAGCAACACCAUCGACAAUGUCAGAAGUUGGUAUGAUGUCUGGCAAAGUGGGUUCUGGAUUGGCCUGACUGACACACACACAGAGGGGACAUGGGUGUGGAUUAAUAAUGUCACGGAGGUGGAACAGAGGUAUUGGAUGGCUGGUGCACCAGAUGACAUGGGACAUAAGGGAGAAGUUUGUGGAAUUGCAGUUUAUAGCGAUGAUAAUCCUUGGAAGACUCGCUAUGAUGCCAGCUGCCUCGAAAGACAAAGACAAUGGAUAUGUGAAAUGCUUUUAAACUGAUUCAAGAUGUAAAUCUGUUGCAGAAAAAAUAAAAAUAGGGGGAUUUUUUUUUAAACUGAAAAAUCUUUGCUGUUUCUGAGGAUUUUAUACUUUAGAUCAGGGGUUCCCAACCUUUUUUGUGCCAAGGACCAGCAGAAGUAUAAACAAAAAGCUCGUGGACCGGUUGACAAUUUAUGUCAAUUUUAAUAAACAUUUUAGAAAAAAACAAUGCAUUUUAAAUAGGGCUGCAACUAACGACUAUUUUAAUAGUCAACUAGUCAUCGAUUAGUCGAUUAAUCGGAUAAUUAGUAAUUUUUUCUUAAAUUUAGUAUGAGGUUGCUUUAAUUAUGUGGCAAAUGAUAAUAAACAUGAGAAAGAUGACUACUUCAAUGAAAAAUAGAUAUUGUAUUCAAUUGUGCUGCUGUUCAUACAAAAAGUAAAUAAAAAAGCCAAGGACAGACACAGUAAUCAGGCAGUAUAGACAUAAAUCCAUAAAUAAAUAAACCUCUUUCCAUUAUUUUUCAUUUUUUAAGGACAGGCAAUUGUGUUAUAUAAAAAAUAAAUGAUAAAAUAAAACGUCUCUAAUUUUUUCUCCAUCAAGUGGGUGAAAUGGAUUCUGGAUGGCAGGACGUUCUCUGGGUUGAACAGGUGCAUCAUUUGUUGAAACCAUGGGGUUGAAACCCGUCAGCAUCAACCAUGGAGAGCUGCUCAUAUCACAGAUCAGCUGUAUGGGCUCAA